GUGAUAGAAACGCUUUCAAAACUUUCUCGCACUCCUAUUGCAAUAGGCACAGGAAUAAGGCCCUUCCCUACAGAAGAAAGUGUUGAUGAUGAAGAUGUCUACAAAGGACUUCCUGAUUUGAUAGAUGAAACUGGUGUUGAUGAAGAUGAGGAGUUGUAUGAUUGCGUCUAUGGAGAAGAUGAAGGUGGGGAGGUUUAUGAAGACCUAAUGAAAGAUGAAGCAGCACAGCAACCUAAAUAUACUGAAAAUGACAUAAGAAGCUGUUGUCUUGCUGAAAUAAAGCAAACUGAAGAGAAAUACACUGAAACUCUGGAAUCGAUAGAGAAAUUCUUCAUGGUGCCAUUGAAAAGGUUUCUGUCAGCAUCAGAAUUUGAUGAUGUUUUCAUCAACAUUCCCGAUUUGGUGAAAAUUCACAGGAAUCUAACACAGGACAUCAAUGAUUCCAUUGUUAACAAAAAUGAUCAGAACCUGUAUCAAAUUUUUAUUAACUACAAGGAAAGAUUGGUUAUUUAUGGACAGUACUGCAGUCAAGUGGAGAUAGCAAUAUCAUGCUUAGACAACAUCUCUAAGACAAAAGAAGAUGUUAAAUUGAAGUUAGAGGAAUGUUCCAAGAGGGCCAAUAAUGGGAAAUUUACAUUGCGGGAUCUUUUAGUGGUUCCAAUGCAAAGAGUGCUAAAAUAUCAUCUACUGCUCCAGGAGCUGGUAAAGCACACUACUGAUCCUAUGGAAAAGGCAAACCUAAAACUGGCACUUGAUGCAAUGAAGGACUUGGCUCAAUAUGUAAAUGAAGUGAAGAGAGAUAAUGAAACACUCCGUGAAAUUAGACAGUUUCAACUAUCAAUAGAGAAUUUGAAUCAUUCCCUCUUACAGUAUGGAAGACCUCAAGGUGAUGGAGAAAUAAGGAUAACUACGUUAGACAAACGUGCAAGGCAAGACAGGCAUAUCUUCCUGUUUGAUCUAGCUGUGAUAGUUUGCAAACGGAGAGGUGAUAAUUAUGAAAUGAAGGAAAUAAUAGAUCUUCAGAAAUACAAAAUUACAAAUAACCCCACUACUGAUAAAGAAAAUAAGAAGUGGUCUUAUGGCUUCUACCUCAUUCAUAUCCAAGGUCAAAAUGGUUUAGAAGUUUAUUGCAAAACUAAAGACUUGAAGAAAAAAUGGCUUGAACAAUUUCAGAUGGCUCUGUCAAAUAUACGACCAGACUAUGCGGAUACAAGCUUUCAUGAGUUCAAAAUGCAUACUUUCAGUCGGGUGACGUCUUGCAAAGUCUGCCAGAUGCUUCUGAGGGGAACAUUUUAUCAAGGCUAUUUAUGUUCUAAGUGUGGAGCUGGAGCACACAAAGAAUGUUUAGGAAGAUUAGACAAUUGUGGCAGAGCUAAUUCAGGUGAACACGGGAGCCUGAAACAUGAGAAACGAACGAAUGGAAUUAGAAGAAACUCUAGACACGUGGACCCAGGUUUACCAAAAAUGCAAGUAAUUCGAAACUACAGUGGAAUACCACAGCCAGCGACACAAGAGGGCCCACCAUUGCAUAUCCAGAUUGGGGACACUAUUGAACUAAUUAGAGGAGAUGCACAUAGCUUAUUUUGGCAGGGCAGAAAUCUAACAACAGGAGAGCUUGGAUUCUUCCCAAGUGAUGCAGUAAAGCCUAGCCCAUGUGUUCCUAAACCGGUAGACUACUCUUCACAACUGUGGUUUGCUGGAGCAAUGGAAAGAUUGCAAGCAGAGAGUGAACUUAUUAACAGAGUAAAUAGCACUUACUUGGUGCGGCACAGGACCAAAGAGUCAGGAGAAUAUGCAAUUAGUAUUAAGUACAAUAAUGAAGUGAAACACAUCAAGAUUUUAACAAGAGAUGGCUUUUUCCACAUUGCAGAAAACAGAAAAUUUAAAAAUUUAAUGGAACUCGUAGAAUACUAUAAGCACCAUUCUCUCAAAGAAGGCUUUCGAAGUUUGGAUACUACUCUUCAAUUUCCAUACAAAGAAUCUGAAAACUCAUUGGGACAAAGGAGUAACAGAACAGGUGGCAACUUGCUAAGCCCGAAGGUGAUAGGCAUUGCCAUAGCCAGGUAUGACUUCUGUGCAAGGGACAUGAGAGAACUGUCCUUAUUGAAAGGAGACGUUGUAAAAAUUUAUACAAAGAUGAGUGCGAAUGGCUGGUGGAGAGGUGAAGUAAAUGGAAGGGUGGGCUGGUUUCCAUCAACUUAUGUUGAAGAGGACGAAUGAAUUAAAAACUUUCCUCUGCUGACCAGCAGUUUCAGGGAUUUAAAAAAUUUAGUAUCUUCAAAGUGUUAUUGGUUUUGUUAAGUAUUUAAACAGCAGUGUUUUUGUCUGUCUGAACCUUCCAGUCUUAAUGUUGGGAUUUGUACACACAUUUGUGCUGACAGAUUAUUACCUUGCCCAGAGCUGUGCAAGAAACAACCUGCUGGUUUGUCAUCACUGGGGAUCAGUACAAGGUCCAACCUUCACCUUCCUGGAAGAUCUCUGGAAAACAUAUUUCUUUAUGCUCUUUUUCAUUUCAGCCUGUACUACACCAUGAAUACUAGCUAUGGCUGAAUAUUUAAUAAGUCUCUUUUCUUCUAGCUAAUAUCUCUGAUGGUACAAUGAGAUGAAGGUUUAUUAUUCCUUAUCACUGCAUGCAGAAAGCAGAGUUCAGUCAUUCCAGUGGGCAUAAAGUAUAGUCAGUAGACUUGUCUUGAAACAUCAAACUACUUUACUUAUCACCU